AUGGGGAUAGAGAAAUCAGAUACAGAACCUCCUGAGGAGAAGUCGACGGACUGUCCUCCUGGCCAGCUUGAGAAUGCAGCUCAGGAGUCGCCGAUCCCAAAUGGCGGCUUGGAAGGCUGGCUUAGCGUGUUGGCUGGGUUUUGUGUCUUUGUGAACUCAUGGGGGCUGUUGACCACAUAUGGCGCUUUUCAGGAGUUCUAUCAGACUGAGCUAUUGCCGGAUCAGUCGCCGUCUAAUCUCUCGUGGGUGGGCAGUGUCCAGGCCACGUUGAUUGUCAUGGUUGGCAUUGUGACGGGGCCGCUGGUCGAUUCUGGAUAUCUUCGCACGUUGAUCGUGUCUGGGACGUUCUUGGUCGUCUUUGGGAUCAUGAUGACCAGCCUGGCCACCCAAUACUACCAGGUAUUACUAGCGCAAGGCUUCUGCGUUGGAAUGGGAGGAGGAAUCGCCUACAUCCCCGCGCUGGUGGUAAUAUCUUCAUACUUCACGACGAGACGACCCAUCGCCAUUGGAUGCGCCUCGAUCGGGUCGAGCGUGGGCAGCGUCAUCUUUCCCAUCAUGUUCCGCCAGCUACAACCCAAAGUCGGAUUCCCGUGGGCUGUCCGCUGCAUUGGCUUCAUCAACCUGUUCCUCGGCAUCGUCACCAUCGUGAUCCUCUGUCGCCGCCCCGGAAAGCGAACCGUUGCCCGCAGCCUGAUCGAGCGCAAAGCCCUCACAGAAGCCCCCUUCAUGCUACUGUCAGUGUCGUUACUUCUCGUGAUGCUGGGAUACUACGUCCCGAUCUUCUACAUCCCGUCGUUCGCCCGCGCAGCCCUCCACACGAGCAAAAGCCUCUCGCUGUACAUGGUCUCGAUCGUUAACGCCGCAUCCGCAUUCGGACGAACCGUUCCGUACCUCGCGGGAACGCGUGUUAAGCCUAUCGCAAUUCUCUUUUUCUGCACGGCCGCCGCCAUGGUCGCCAUCUUCACCUGGAUCGCCGUGUCCAACGUCCCCGGGUUCAUCGUUUGGGCAUGCUACUGGGGUUUCCUCAGCGGCGUGCUCGUCACAGCGCCAACAUCGAUCGUCGCGCAUCCGACAUUCUGCCCUGAUUCGAAUUACCUAGGUACACGAAUGGGUAUGAUGUGGGGGAUCAGUUCGUUUGGGUCGUUGGCGGGAACGCCCAUCGCCGGCGCGUUGGUCAACCUGGAUGAGGCAAAUUUCCUGCGCGCGCAGAUUUUUGGUGGUUGCAUGAUGCUUGGAGCUGUCAUGUUGCAGGUCUGGCCCACUAUGUGCGUUUUCAGAUAUGAUAAGAAACGGGUGAAAUAA